GCGUGGGUCAGAUGGCUCUGGGUCAGUUGCUGUAGGUGGAUGCAUUCCUCAGCUUUAUCGAUACACUUUUCUCACCAAGGUCCUGGCAUGGAAACGAGCUACGGUGUCAUAGGGAAACAAUGGGCUUUGGAACAAGUGCAAACAAUGUUAGACAAUCUCCUGGGACUGGCCAAAGAGAGGUGGGGUUGGGAAUGCUGCAGCUGAGUUGCUCCUGAUAAGAAAGAAAACCUCUUUGUGUACAGUGGCGCCAGCCUGGCCUGCCUGUGUCAGUGGGCAACGCUUCCAGGCAAAAGAUGGCCCCACAAAACAGCACACUCAUGAAAAAGAACAGGAGUGACCUUGUUCCUUGUUUGCCGCUUGCCUCUGUUCACACAGUAUUGCUCAGGCGAUUGGCUUGCCCACGGGCUAGCUUAAUGAUGCAAGUAAGGCUCUGCUGAUGUCAUCUGAGAUGUCCUGGUUCUUGCAGCCAUUGUAUAAGAAGUUUAGAGUUUUGGGAGCAACGUAUGGGGACAGAGCUCUCUUCUAAAUGGGUUUUUCUCGAGUCGUUUUCUCUCUCAUUUAACACAGGGGAUGGAAGUGGAAAGCGAUGGACAGGAGCAAGGAAAGAAAAUAGUGCGGAAGCCCUACGUGGUGAACGAGAUGGAAUAUGAGGCCAGUCUCCCUGAGAAGAAGUCAAACACGCUUUCACGAGACCUCAUCGACUACGUGCGGUACAUGAUACAGAACCACGGGGAGAACUACAAGGAAAUGGCUCGAGAUGAGAAGAACUACUACCAGGAUACUCCCAAGCAGAUUAAGAGAAAGAUCAAUGUGUACAAGAAUUUCUAUCCCGAAGAGUACAAGGAUUUCAUUGCAUCGCUCAAGCAGGAAAAGAUGGACGUGCAGUGAUUGCCUUUUUUUCUCAGGUUUGCCUGCAAGUGCAGGUUUGACAUGACCAUUUCUGAACUGAGUGGGGGCUGACAGAGACAGGUGACAGUUACAGGCUCAGCGCCAGCAAGCUGAACCAUGCAAAGCCUCUAGUGAUGGAGGAAGGACAUUCAUUAGACAGAGGCAGUUAUAACCAGGCAUGAAAGACUUGGCUGUGGCAUUGGGACUGAAUGUGCUGUGCCGCAAUCCUUCUGCGUGGC